AUGAAGGCAUUCAUAAAGAAAAGGGCUCCCGAUGCCUCAGAUAACGGACCUGAACCUACAUCCAUAGAUAAAGUGAAGAGCUUCUUCUCAAAGUUUGGCAGUGGUUUGCGUACUGCUUUCGUCAAACCACAUCAUCCUAGUGUGCCAGUUACUAGUCGUGACGUUAACAAUUAUUGUUAUUCUUCUGAUGAUCUGAAAACAAGCAAAGAAAUUGUUUCUACCCCAAGCGAGACGGUUGACGCUCUUCAUCCUUUAAGGUAUGUUGGCUUCGACCUACUUUCUAAUUCGUCAAAUGUUUGGUUUAGAGACCAUAGAUAUCGAUUGUUUUCUUGUCUGGUGGAUUGUUGGACCCAUUUUCCAGUAACUACUUUGAGAUCUACUUAG